CUCGUCCACAAGAGAAAACAAAGUCGCCUCUUUUUCCCCCAAUUUCAGUCUCCUUCCUUCCGAACCACCCACCCCAACAGCCGAUGGCUGCUGGAUUCCGGUCACGGUCGCCCCCUCCGCCGCGUCUGCUUUCCCUCCUCGUCCUCGUCCUCGUCCUUUGCCUCCUCGUGCUCUUCUCUGUCCCCUCUCGCGGCGAGUACUCCUGCCCAAACUCCACGCCGGCGCUCUGCGGCGGGGUCAACAUCUCCUACCCCUUCUGGAAAUCAUCUGAUUUUCUCCAGAACAACAAUACCUACUGCGGCUACCAAGGCUUCAACGUGACCUGCGAGUCGCCUUACUACACCCCAAUCCUCCUCCUCGGGAACGACAGAUACAGGGUCUUAGACAUCAACUACGGAACCGGAGUCAUCAUCCUCGCAGAUGACGCUUUCAUCAUCUCCAUCGAGUCAGAGUCUUGUUCCAGAGUCAAUCAUAGCGUCACCUGGUUUUCCAAUUUGUCUUUGUCCUACACUGACAACGACGCCAAUCUCACCUUCCUCUACGACUGCACCGAGGAUGGUGAAUGGACCAAUAACUCGAUUUCUUGCCUUCCUCCCGGCGAAAAUUAUGUUUUUCGAUCAAUUCCGGAAUCCUUUACUCAGCGUUGCAAUGAAAUCUUCGUUUCGCCGGUCCUGCGAUCACAUCUACCGACAGAUCUGGGUCAGCUCAGAAUUGACUAUGCACAAGCAUUGCAAAGGGGGUUCGAACUAAAUUGGUCAGGUGACGCCAACAGAGAUUGUACUGACUGCCAGAGCUCAGGUGGCCGGUGUGGGUAUAAUAAAACGAACUAUGACCUCGUUCCCGCCUGUUUCUGCUCCGACGGAAAAAUUGAACAAUUCCAAUGUAUCCAGACCUUCGGUUCGACUAAUCCUGGAGGUGGACUGUCCGGCCCCACAUACCAACCACUAGGUCGACGGCCGAAGCACCACACAGGAUUGAUAAUUGGAAUUGCAAUAGCAGGUGCUUUUGUCGUAGUUGGACUGCUCGGUGGUGGCAUUCUCUUCUACAGGUACAAGAAGAAACGAGACUAUUCUGCGUCCAUGAAAAGCUUCAUUAGAAGUGCCUCUUCGGGGCCAUCCUCCAGGGACCCUGAAAAGUAUAGUGUCCAUCUCCAGUCCUACAUCUUCUCAUACGAUGAACUACAGGAGGCUACCAAUGGCUUUGUUAAUGAACUGGGAGAUGGAGGCUUUGGCACAGUCUAUAAAGGCAAGCUUCAAGAUGGACGUGUCGUUGCAGUCAAACGUCUAUACGAGAACAACUACAGACGGCUAGAGCAGUUCAUGAAUGAGAUUGAAAUUCUAUCCCGUGUUCGCCAUCAGAACCUAGUUGACCUAUAUGGCUGGACCUCACGCAACAGUAAGGAGCUCCUGCUGGUUUACGAGUUUAUGCCAAAUGGCACGGUGGCCGAUCACCUCCACGGAUCCAGGGCUAGAGAGGGGAUACUAACUCUGCCAAUGCGCCUAAACAUUGCCAUUGAGACAGCAGAAGCCCUUGCCUACCUUCAUGCAAUUGACCCCCCGAUCAUACACCGAGAUGUCAAAACUAGCAACAUUUUGCUCGACAGUAGUUUUCAUGUAAAAGUUGCAGAUUUUGGGCUUUCACGUUUGUUCCCAACCAAUGCCACACAUGUCUCUACUGCUCCGCAGGGCACGCCGGGAUACUUGGACCCUGAGUAUCAUCAGUGUUACCAACUCACCGACAAGAGUGAUGUGUACAGCUUCGGAGUUGUACUGGUAGAGCUUGUAUCCUCCAAACCUGCAGUGGAUAUUACUCGGCCUAGGAAAGAGAUCAACUUGGCGAACUGGGCACUAAAUAGGAUUCAAAAUGGUGAACUUGACCAGUUGGUGGACGAAUUCCUGGGAUAUCAAUCGGAUCAAGCUGCAAGAAAGACGGUUACGAUGGUCUCUGAAGUGGCAUUCAGGUGUCUGCAAGAUGAUGGGGACAUGAGGCCACCCAUGAAGGAGGUCCUUGAAGCAUUGCUAGCAAUUCAGAGCGAGGUAUGCAAAGUAUCAAAGGGAGGAAAAGAGCCUGGUGACAAUGAAGACGACGCGGGAUUGUUAAAGAAUGUUGUGCCAAUGUCGCCGGAUACUGUCAUGAACCAGUGGGUCAGUAACUCCACUACACCGAACACUAGCAAGGAUUAAGUCGUGUAAUGUUUCUCACCAGAUUUUCCACAACAACAUAUUCCUUUGUGGAUGUGCAGCACUGCGUUGUGUUUGAUGGAGGGAAUGUACAUAGUUAAAAGAGUUUUAUCUAUGUUCUACGUAUUGACAUAUAUUUCCUUGUGGCAAAGUUUGAUCUAUGUUCCAGUAUUUACGUAUGUGUUUCAGAUUUUAUAGAA